AUGUCGGCUUCACCUUCUAGCUCGCACGCCACCCAGACCGGGCGCCCGUCGCUAUGGAACGAGUCUUCUGAGCGCAGAUUGGCCAGGCUUUAUGUCUACACAACAUUGCCUCUCGAGAAGAUCGUCAAGGUCGUCCACAGGUCGACUCCCGGCAACAAGGACUGCCCAGGAAAGGAUUCCGCCAACAAGAAGCUCAACUCAAUCCUAGACAAGGAGCCGCGAUGGCUUCAUCCGCGAACCCGAACCGACAUGGAGCGCCGUAUAAGCGCCCUCGACAGCUCUCCCACGCGCCAGACGACACCCGAGAACGCCUAUUCGCCGGGCUACCCCAGGUCCAUCUCGUCCGACUCCCGAUCGCAUUUGAGCGUAAACCCGGACUUCAAGCACGAGAGCGGAAACAGCCCUACCGUCAACGACUUCCAACCUUUUGAACACUCUCGAUCAUCGUCCGCCGGCUGGGGUCCACCGACCGCCGGCCCGCUUCCGACCUUGUUGACGACCGACUUCGCGACUGUGCCGCCGCCCGAGAUGGGAAUCCGUCGUCAGACCACUACACUGACCCUGCAGGAGGUGCUGUCGCAGUACUCGACCGGGUUCAUCCGUCAAGUCGACAAGUUGCUGAAGCGGUACACGAUGCCGAGCAACACCAUGAAAAACCAGUCCCCCAUGGACGAGGACCGCCCCGGCACCGCCGACUCUAACCCGGCGUCGUGGAUUUUCGAGUACGACGCGCCGCAGGGGAACUCGGAGAUGGGAGCCAGACCGCUUCCCGGUGACUUUUUGAACCUGCAUCGCCAUGUGGCCAGACAGGGUUUCUGCAUCGAGGGGUUUCCCGAACACGACUCGCGAUCCUGCUUCUGUCACUUGAAGAACGAGCUCACCUCCGAGUCGUGGGUGACAGACACGGGCCCGUCGCCGUAUGCCCAGCACAUCCUCCUCCACGGCGUGCCCCCCGACGGAAGACUGGACCAGCGCGAUGCUUUCGGCAACACGAUCCUCCACCUUCUCGCCGCCGGUGACGCCCGUCACGAACUCCUCUUCAGAGCCAUCGAGUCCUCGCCCAACCCGUCGGCGACCAACAGCGCCGGCCAGACUUUUCUGCACGUCCUCAACGAUACCUGGUUCGCGCACAAGGCCGUCUCUCUCUUCCAGCUCAUCAAAUACCUGCAGCGCUCCGAGUUCCUGUACGCUUGCGAUGUCUACGGCCGCAACUUCUGCCACGUCCUGCACUCCAAAGAGCACGGCAUCCUGGACCGAGACACGAAGAACGCCCUUCUCAAACUGUUCGACGCCAUGGAGUACUGCCGCCGCGACGCCUUCGGCAACAUCCCCGAGUCCGCCCCGAUCGGACUGCCUGUUCGCCGGGCGUACACUGCUGCUGUCGGCCAGGAGAUGUCGCCAGCGCGGGGCUCUCGCACCUUGCGGCAGGUCUCGUCGCCGAUCGAAGAACAGGCCGAGCUGCUGAAGCUUGUCAACGAUGCGCACACACACGUGAGGAUACAGGACAAGCAGGGUCGGAACGGCCUCCACUGCCUGGCCGACGCCAUCCUCAGCCAGGACUCCCUCUUCGCCAGGUUCCCACAGCACCUCCCCAACGCCAGCGGCAAGGAACAGCAACAACCGACUACGGCGGCGGUGGCGGCGGCGGCUCCUGGUCGCAAGCGCAAGCACAACAAGCCCGUCCUUGGAGGAUCGCUGUUCGACUCGUCCAAGGACCGGCUCACGAUCCGCGAACGGAUCGUCAGGGACCUCAUCGAGCUCGGCGUGGACCCGAACCACUACGACAAGUACGGCAACACGGUGCUCAUGGCCUUUGUCGCGCAGCUGCCCGAGGACGACGACUACAAGAAGCCCGUCCAGAUUCUCGAGUUCCUCAUCGAGGCCGGCGCCGACGUCAACGCCCGCAACAGGAACGGCGAGACGGCGCUGCACAUCGCCGUCCGGAGGGGCAAGAAGCUCGCCAUGCGCACGCUGACCCAGCACGGGGCCAACGCGCACGCGCGCGACGUCGAGGGGCGGAGCGUGCUCCAGGUCGCCGACCGGAUGGUCGUGUCGUCCAAGCAGAACAUCCAGUACUCCCACUACGAGGCUUGUCAUGCCUGGCUAUCCGGGCAGGCCAAGGCCGUGCAGUCUCCGACGGUACAUCAAGAAUGGGAGCUGAGGUAG